GCGGCGAGAGUGACCGCUUGUCCAAAGCAAUCCCAGGACGUCCACCAUUUUUAUCUUUCGUCUUUGUUUUGCGGUGCCCCCACCGGCGCAACCUAUCCUUCACCGUAGCGAGCACAAUUCUCCUCUGAAGGUGCACCAAAGUUCUUAAAAUUCCUCUGUGUUCUGACUUCAUCUUGUGUGAAAUCUUGCCAUUCCGAGGAAAUAAUAGGGGAUCCCACCCAGAAUGUUGUGUCUUUGUCAGGCCAACUAUGCGCCAUGCGUUUAAAGCAGCAUGAUACCUCAUUAAAUAGUCGUGGCUUCCCUUGAAGAAUCCUGGGAAUGGUAUUCUGUUAAGGGUUCCGAGAGUUACGAGGAGGUUGCUAUUUCCCCUCCUUAGAGCUGCAGUUCCCAGAGAGGUUUAACAAUCAGACCCUCUUCCCUGGAGGACUCCGGGAAUUGUAGCCCUGUGAGGGGAAUUAGGGAUCUCCUCACAACUCUCAUCACCCUUAACAAACUACAGCUCCCAGGAGUAUUGCUUGGGGGAAGCCACAGCUGUUUUUAAAUUGGGUUAACAGUGCUUUAGAUGUCUUUAGAGUUGGAAGAGACCGCUAGGAUCAUUUAGUCCAACCCACUGCAAUGCAGGAAUCUUUUCCCCAACGUGGGGCUUGAACCCAUGACUCUAAGAUUAAGAGUCUCAUGCUCUACCAAGAAGAAGUGCUUCCUUUUUGUCUGUCCUGAGUCCAUUGGAUGCCCACAAAUUCCGGUGUUACAAGAGAGGGAGAAAAACUUUCGUCUAUGGUGUGCAUAAUUUUAUUGUGGUAUAUCAUGUCGCCUUGUACUUGCCUUUCCUCUAAGCUUAAAAAGUCCCCAAAUGCUGCCAGAGCCUGAGUGCAACAGCAAAUCUCCCUGCAGAAAUCCAAGCUUCAGUUCCUGCAGAGUCUCGGGAUUUACUGGAUUGUUAAGGCCUCUGUUGCCCUUCACACUUUGCCAAUAAAAAUGCAGGGAGAGUAGUCAUGUCAGAGCUUGCCCUGAGAGAGCCUAGCUUCAGGUUGGGUACAGGCAUAUAAUCGCAACAGGGAUAAUAAUCUUCACAACGCCCAAAAUGAUCUGCAGCUUUGCCUUCCUGAUCGAUUGGCUCCUUAGGAAGUUUUGAGGAUUGGCCACUUAGACUUUUGACUGGCCUUCCCCAAACGAGGUGCCCUCAAGAUCCUUCAGACAAUACCUCCCAUCAUCUCUGACCGUUGGCUGUGCUGCUUGGGACUGAUGGGAGUUGUAGCCCCACAACAUAUGGAGGGCACCCGGUUUGGGAGAGGCUGCUGAGGACCUUGCCUUGGUCUGCAGGUCCAAGUCAGGAUGGCUGGCACAGCAGAGCAGAUCCGCCUUCCUGGUUCUCGCCCAUGGUUCUCUGCAAGAGCUGACCAGCGCAACCAAACUCUGAAGGUGGGGAUUGCUUGGGAAUCGGAAAGACCUAGACCUGCAAACUCUCCAGAGGGCCGAAUCCAGAUUGCAACAGCGGUGAAGUUUCUGCAGAACCCUCGAGUCCGCCAAAGUCCACUUGCAACCAGAAGAUCUUUUCUCAAGAAAAAGGGGCUGACGGAUGAAGAAAUUGACCUGGCCUUCCAGCAGUCAGGUACUGCCAAAGAGGAGCCUCAGCCCCAUAGCCUUUCCACGCAGUUGGUGCCGAUUCAGCCGACUCAUCUUGCCCCACACAGUCCCCCCGGUUCCAGAUGGCGAGAUUAUGGCGCUCUAGCAAUUAUCAUGGCGGGCAUCGCUUUCGGCUUCCACCAGCUCUACAAGAAAUACCUGCUCCCGUUGAUCAUGGGCGGCAAAGAAGACAGGAAGCAACUGCAGAGGAUCGAGUCGAGCAUCUCUGAGAUGAGUGGCAGCGUGACGCAGACAGUGACUCAACUUCAGACAACUUUAGCUUCUGUCCAGGAACUUCUAAUCCAACAGCAGCAGAAAAUUCAGGAGCUCACUCAAGAACUGGCUUCCUCCAAGGCCACGACGUCCACUAACUGGAUCCUGGAAUCUCAGAAUAUCAACGAGCUGAAGUCGGAGAUUUAUUCGUUAAAAGGGCUGCUUCUAAACAGGAGGCAGUUCCCUCCCUCUCCAUCUGCGCCUAAAAUCCCAUCCUGGCAGAUCCCAGUGAAGCCCUCAUCGCCCUCCAACCCCGUAACCAACAACCACAACACCAGCAGUGACAUCUCCCCCGUCAGCAACGAGUCCAACUCCUCCUCGCCCGUGAAGGAGAACCACAGCCCCGAAGGGCCCAAGGUCAGCUGCCACCUGCUGGGCCCUGAGGAAGGGGGCGAGGCACUGAUCGACCUCAAGGGGCAAGUCCGGAUGGAGGUCCAAGGCGAGGAGGAGAAGCGGGAGGGCCAAGGGGACGAGGAGGGGGAGGAAGAAGAGGAAGAGGACGAAGACGACGAUGUCAGCCAUGUAGACGAGGAAGAAUGUGUGGAUGUCCAGACAGAGGACCGGCGAGGAGGUGAUGGGCAAAUCAACGAGCAAGUCGAAAAGCUACGGAGGCCUGAGGGAGCCAGCAACGAGAACGAAAUUGACUAGUGCGGCUGGGGAGGGGUGCCACCUGCUCACCCCUACCCUCUGCACCUCUUGGCCGUGCUCUGUUCCUCGGGCCUCUCUCCCUGCCCAGUGAUUUCUCCCUGUCUCGCCCCUGUGAUUCAACACAAUUAGCAUUGUGACCAUCUUGCAAACCAAGCGGCCUGUGGGCCAAGGCCCGAGCAGCCCCUCACCCGCCAGUUCUGUUUUCCAGUGGCUCCCCUUUCUUUCACGCUACAAGCCACUCCUCCCUCACAUUGCACCUCCGAAAGGAGCUCGGUUGCUACUUGGCCCACACUGCAGCCAGAGAAAUGGGCCUCCUUGCUGACAACAUAACACAAAUCCAAAUAUCAAACGAUGGACCUCAGGUUCCAUCCUGUCUGUUCCUAAACUCUCUUCCUCUCCGGCAACCAUCUAACUCAACUAACAUCCGCUUUGCAAACAGGGGGGGGGGGGCUACUGCCUUCUGAACGACUCCCCAGAGCCACCAGUGUGACAUCUGUCUCUCUCCCCCCUGGUGACUUAUUUCCUCCCUGCCCCUAGUUCAGUUUCAGAUUAAAAAAACAAAACACCCCCACCUUUUAUGAAAAGCAAAUGUUUUUUGUGGGGUUCCCAGAUUCUCUAGCUUCCAUUUCAUUUCUGAACAAAGCGGUUGUCUUCUGAAGAUCCCCCAACUCCCUCUUUGUCCUAGGGUUGUAAGCUAAGUUCUACUAAGAGUAGACCCACAGAAAUUAAUGGGCCUAAGUUAAUUAUGCCUAUUAAUUCCCAUGGGUCUCCACUGAGUAGGACUAGAAUGGGAGACAGUGUAUUGGGAACAAUAGUGUGGCAUGUUUGCUGGCAGCGUGAUUUGCUACAUUAGAGGGAGCAAUUCUGUGAAGGCUUGGGUUGUUGGCCCAGUUUCUUAACAUCUCCUGCCCCAUCCAAAAAAAUGCCCUGUGCCUGAGGCUUAGCACUGCUGCUCCCCCUUCCUCUGUCUCUCAUCCUUUACUCCUCUUUUUCUCCCUUUCUUCAUGAGUCCUCAUUUUUCCUUGCUGUUAAAUGCCUAAAGCAAGCUCAUGAUUUUCCCUGAAGGAGGAGAAGGUACUGAGCCCAGUUCCCCUUCUGUCUCCUUCCCAGUUCCAGUACAGGUUCUUGCCAUGACCGUUGACUGCUCAGUUCUUCUAAGUCAAUUUCGGGGAGCCCUCCUGACAUUCCUGAACUACAACUCCCAUUAGCCCCAGCAAGCUUCUCCCAUUGUCUGGGACAAUGGGAGAUGGCUUUUAGCAACAUCUGGAGGGCCAAAGGUUUCCCAUUCCUGGUAGCUGGAAACUCUGUCCAGAAAGGAAACUCCCUGUCAUGUCUCUGCAUGAGUAGCUGCUUGUGACUUUUAUGAAGAACAUUUUAAACAGUGCAUGGGGCAGCUGUGGCCUUCCAGGUGUUGUUGGAUGCCAGGCCCCUGUCAGCCCCAGCCAGCAUAAGAGCCGAGCAACAUCUGGAGGUCCAGUGGUUCCCCAUGCCUUUUCCACGUCAUUGGGCCUGAACAAAGGAAACAAGGAGGCACUUUGCCCCUCAUAUCUGCCAGGCAGAGUUCACGAUUUUUGUGUGGAGGCCUGUUCCUUGCUCCUGUGUCACCCUUCCUCCCCGCAUCCACCCCCCAUCCCUCUUGCCCACCUCACUUUUGCCUUACUGCAGGGCUGGGAAAGAGUACAACUCACUGGACUACAAUUCCCAUCUUCCUCCCCUGACCACUGGCUGCUGCUACAGGGGCUGAUGGGAACUGAAGCCCAAAAACAUCAUGGAGGGCUAUGAAGGUCCUCAACCCACAUCCCUGCCUUAUUGGGUGGAGCAAAUGGUCCAGCGAUGUCCAGUCUCUGUUCACUUUUUCAUUCAAAGAAAGAGAGGAAAAAUAUAUAGAUAGAUAUUUAAAAGAGCCUCGAUUCCUGUUAACUAACAUCUCUCGGGUCUCUCACUGCCUCCUCAUCCUCACCAAGAGGCGAAACCGAAAAAAAAUGUGCUUGUCCGUGUGAUCAUGUAUAGAAUCCAACUAUAAAAUAUGAUUGUAUAUAAUUGUAAUAAAUAUGAGUUACCACUAUUUAACGGCGGGCGCUUUGCUGCUAUGGCUGUAGUUUAUUUUUCUUCCUUUUUUGAAAUCGCCUGCCUGUUUUCAGCUGGGAACAGAGGUAGGAUGGAUUCCAGAACCGAAUCCUCUUUAGGAAAAAAGAAAAGUCAGAGAAGGAGUGUAGUUCGUUGCUGUUAAAUAUCUUUAAAAGUAAACAGAUUUCAUGUCCAAACCACAAUUAGCUCCACACGCUUCACUUAGGGAGCACCUCAGACAAGGGACAUGGAGCUACCUCCUUAUUAUCGCCUCUGAAAAUGCGCUUUCUGCAACUGGUCCAAUGCAAAUGGUCCAAACAGUUGACUUUCGUUUUUAACUGUUCAAAUGAUUUAACCUCAUUUUGAUUAGUGUGAGGAGGUUCCGGGCAGUUUUUGUACUCUUUUAAAGAAGAAUUGGUGCUCCUAUUUUGCUUAUGGGAACAUUUUGUUACUUUCACACAAUUAGCCUACGGAACUCGUUUCCACAAGGUGUGAGGCUAAGGUCACAAGCUUAGAUGGCUCCAUACUGAAUUAGGCAAGCCCAUGGAGGAUAGGUCUGCCAAUGGUUAUGACUGCUAACAAAGCAACAAGUUUCUAGCGCUUACAGCAGUGAAAAUGACCUUGAAAAUAUUGGCACAAAUGCCUGCUGAAAUCUCACAGGUUGGGUGGGGGUGACAAAUAAGAUUCUCAGUGGGUGGAGGACUAAGGUUCCUGUGUUAGAUAUUGUUCCUUUUCACAACUAAUGAACCUAACAAUAAAUUGUAGGGGGAAACUUAAAAAAAGAAAGAAAGCCAUAGAGAAUAGUAUUGCAAAUUAAUUGGAUUUGAAUAAUUCAUACAGCCACAAAAUUAGGAAUUAUAGGAAACUGUCAUACCAGAUCAGAGUAUUUGUCUGUCCAGCCCAGGAUUGUCUGUUCUGACUGGGAGUCACUCUCUGAGGGUCUCAGGCAGAUAAGGGUCCAACUAGAGAUGCGAGGGAUUAAACCUGGGACCUUCUGCAUUUAUGUGCGUGCGCUCUCUCUCUCUCUCUCUCUCUCUCUCUCUCUC